AUGAUACCUGUGGAGUCGUCUAAAAUUGAAGGCGGUGAAAUAUUGUUCAUGAAGCCAGUUUAUUAUUGCAAUAAACAUGAUGUAAAAAUAUCGCUGUCUAUGAAUUAUUUUACAUCUAAAUCGAGGUGUAAUACUUAUAAAUGUGUUGGAAACUUUGACGAAGGUGUAUCAUUAGUGACAGAAGGAACUAUUUUUAAUCCUGAACAUAAAAAUAUUGGACAACUAAAUAAUAAGACAAAUAGUAUAUUCGGAAGUAAAACAUCAACAUUAACACCCGAAGAUCAACUCGAGCAAGUACUAAAUGAUUUAGAUACGUUAUUACAAGAUGAUGUUUCAACAAUAAUGGUGGAUAAAAUUGAUGAUACUUUUGACAGGGUAGACAAUUUGUUACAAAUCGAUGAAGAUUUACAUAUACCUGGUCAAUUCCUUCAUAUGUUAGAUAACGUUAGCUUAAGGCUAAACUUAAAUGGCAGAGAGACAGAUAGGAUAGUCCGAAACAAUAUUGCAUUAUUGGUAGCCGAUAUUGGGCCUGAUAAUCCGAUUAAGGGAAUAAUGAUUGCGGUCAGAAAUUCGAGCAUGAAUUCAUUCACAGAUGACUCCUUUCAGUUUUUAGUUAAAGAGAUAAACUCAACAAAACUACUUACUAAUACAACCGAGACAAUAGUAUACUUACCGGAAUCGAUCACCAAAUCACAUCGACGUAUCAGCUUUCUCGUAUUCCCGAACGGACGAGCCUUUUACUCAACUAAGAGGAACAACAAAGUUAAUAGCAAUGUCAUCAGUGUUAAUGUUGAGAACAACACCGGUUUUGAAAAUGAAGAGGUGAUAGAUAUUUACCUACGUCCUUUGGUGAAAAAUCCAGGCCGCAACGUGAGACGCGAAUGCAGCUAUUGGCAAUUCACAGAAAAUGACACUGGAUACUGGUCAACAGAGGGUUGCAUUUACAUCAAAUCAACCGACCCAGAUACUUUAGAUAUUUGCCGAUGCAACCACUUGACGCACUUCGCAGAAGUUCUUGUUUCACAUAAUGUAAAUUCGCAUCGCAGCGAGAUAAUACUGGAAGUAAUAUCUUUAGUAGGAUGCUGUCUAUCAAUACUGGGUGUAUUCUUUAUUGUACUGACAGCUAUUACAUUCCGAUCAUGGCGAAAAGAAUUUAGCAACUUGAUAUGGCUUCAACUGUGUAUAGCGAUAUUUCUCUUAAAGAUGUGUUUUAUACCCAUAGCUUUUAUUGAUUUUGAGGGCCGUGAUAUUUUGUGCUUACUGGUAGGAAUAACAUUGCAUUAUACAUUAAUAGCCACUUUCUGUUGGAUGCUUGUAGCUGCUAUAUUGUCUUAUAGAAAACUAGUUUUAGUUUUUACAACAGAUCUUAGUCAUAAAUUUUUAAAAGCAUCUGCUUUUGCAUGGGGAACUCCAUUUCUAAUAGUUGUCAUUCUUCUUUCUGUUGAUUGGCAUUCGUACAUGGUAUAUUUUGAAGAUAUAACUUUGAACAGAAAAUUCUGUUAUCCUUCUGGAUACGGAUUAUGCAAAGACAUUUCUGGCAAUCCAACGUGGAAGUGCAGUAAGCUUUAUGGGGACAUUUGGAUCGUGUACGGGACGGGAAG